AUGUAUUAUGAAAUGUUAUUAUUUUAUAAGGGACAAAGGAGCAUCGACCGUGAUGUGAGGGCUCGCGGGGACGAGCGCACGCCUAUGUCAGACUCUCAGACGAAUGGGCCUGAGGCCAUGUCAGAAAGACGUCCUUAUUUCUAUCCCGACAGCAGUAGUGACACAGAAGAAUAUAGAAGGGACGAGGAGAGACGCAAGCGGUUGUCGAAACGGACAGGACCGAAUAUAAGAACUCGUCCGAACAUGCCUCCGAAGAACUUGAGCGCUAAUACUCCGACGCCUUCUACUUCCACGGCUCAGGAUCCCCCUAGGAAUGGGCAGAAGGGUCAGCUGUGUGAAGAUAGGAUCACGUUGGUGGUGGACAACACCCGUUUCGUGGUGGAUCCAGCUCAGUUUACUGCUCACCCAAACACUAUGUUGGGAAGAAUGUUCAGUUCUGGUCUAGAAUUCACUCACCCGAACGAGCGUGGUGAGUACGAAGUUGCCGAGGGUAUAUCGGCGACGGUGUUCAGAGCUAUCUUGGAGUACUACAGGUUUGGCACCAUAAGGUGUCCUCCCACCGUCUCCGUGCAGGAGUUGCGGGAGGCAUGCGAUUACCUCCUUGUGCCUUUUGAUGCAAAUACUGUCAGGUGUCAGAACCUUCGGGGCCUUCUCCACGAAUUAUCAAACGAAGGCGCUCGCCGUCAGUUCGAGUCAUUCCUCGAAAGGCUCAUUCUCCCUCUCAUGGUGGAGUCCGCCGAGAGGGGAGACAGGGAGUGUCAUGUCGUCGUGUUGUUAGAUGACGACUCCGUAGAGUGGGAUGAGCAGUAUCCACCGCAGAUGGGAGAUGAGUACAGUCAGACUGUGUUGUCCACACCGCUGUAUAGAUUCUUCAAGUAUAUUGAAAAUAGAGACGUAGCGAAACAAGUUAUGAAAGAAAGAGGUCUAAAGAAGAUCCGUUUAGGAGUUGAAGGGUACCCAACAUACAAAGAGAAAGUCCGCAAACGGCCUGGGGGUCGCGCAGAGGUCAUAUACAACUAUGUCCAAAGACCUUUCAUCCACAUGUCCUGGGAAAAGGAAGAAGCGAAGAGCCGCCAUGUUGACUUCCAGUGUUUUAAGUCCAAAUCUGUGACGAACCUGGCUGAGGCGACGGCGGACCCUGUAAUCGAGUUAGACGCAAACAGAGUAAGAGAUGAAGAGGUCCCCGAGGUCAAUCCAGAUCCUGAAGUGGAAGAGCCUCAGUGA